AUGGCCGGCGCAAAUAUUCGAGGCCUCAUGGGCAAGGGCGUCCCGCCGACGCCCACCUUCUUCUCCAUCCUGCGCGUUGCCGUCAUGGUGCUGUCGCUGGCUGUGCUCGCCGCCUGCGCUUACAACCUGUCGCUGCUGGGCGGACAGGCGAGCUAUGCCGGUCCGCCGGGCUUCAUGCUCUUCGUGUCCCUCUUCACCCUCAUCAUCCUCGGCGGCGCCAUGGCCCUCGAGCGCUUCGCGCCGCAGUUCUACUUCCGCCUGGCGCUGCUGAUCGCGUACGGCGUCAACGUGCUCUUCUGGCUUUCUGGGUGGGCGUGGUCCGCGAGCAUCGCGUCGCUGUUCUUGGGGAACACGUGUAUUGGGAGCACGUGCUUUGGGCCCACGACGGAGGAGACGCGGUACGGGGCGAGUAUGGCAGCGGCGGCGGGCGUUGGUGCUGUGAACUGGGUCAUGAUGAUUGUGGUUCUCUUCUACUUCGUCAAGGGAUGUCUUGCGGACCCCGACUGCUACGGCAUCUCGACGGGCCACGGCGCUGAGAUGGGAAGCCUUAGUCUCAAGGCGGAGGGAAAGCAGCCUUCUCGGUCGUCGAACUCCGAGUAG